AUGCGACUUCUUCUCAGUCAACCGUUUCACUGGCUUUUGGCUUUGGCAGCGACGGCUUCUGCGUCGUCGUCUGUCGAUUACACCCAGUAUGUAAAUGCUCUAAUGGGGUCAGAAGGCCCUUUUCCGGGCAAAGGCUACGGAGGAGGCGACAUCUUUGUUGGGGGUGCGCGGCCCUUUGGCAUGGUCAAAAUGGGAAUAGACACGACGGCCGCAAACUGGAGCAUUGCGGUGCUGAACGGCGGGUGGACGCCUGAUGGCAAUGUGACCGCGAUCACCAUGAUGCAUGAAAGCGGGACAGGAGGUUCUCCGAAAUAUGGGCUCAUUUCGCAGAUGCCUUUGACAAGUGUGGCGCCUCAUGUCAAUAUCCUGGACAAUCUCACGUACAGUCAGCCCAGGGUCGGUCAAGAUACGGCCAGUGUAGGCUAUUACAAGACCCAGCUGCAGAACGAUGUUCAGGUAGAGCUUUCUGCUUCCAGUCACUCCGGUAUUGUUCACUACUCGUUUCCUCAGGGCGAGAAGCAUGUGCUUGUGGAUGUCUCUCACUAUCUGCCCGCUAAGCCUGGAGCCACGAAUGGCCAGUACUAUGUUGGCGGAGAGAUCAAAGUCGAAGACCACGGUAGGGCUUACAGCGGAUAUGGGACGUACAUGGGCGGAUGGAACAAUGGAGCUCCCUUCACGGUCUUCUUUUAUGGAGAAUUUUCCGAAAAGCCUACAAUGGCUCGGACCUUCACUGGAACAAAUACAGAGCCCAUACCGCGAUACCAGACUUUCGUUGGUGAUAUAGGAGAGCCAAUAUACGGUAACAUAUCGGAUAAGGCAGCAUCGGGGCCUAUGAAUGAGCGUGUUGGCGCUCUUUUCAGCUGGGAUGAGAAGGCAAAACCAGGGAUCACCUCACGGAUUGGUAUCUCGUUGAUAUCAUCCGACAGGGCUCGGUCGUAUAUCAGGUCCGAGAUUCCCUCGUGGAGACUCAACGACACCGUCAAAGACGCCGUUGAGCAAUGGAAUAAGGAGGUCCUCGGCAAGAUCCAGGUGCCCCUUGACAGGACUGCAAACAUGACCCACGUGCGGCUGCUCUACAGCUCGCUGUAUUUCAUGCAUCUGAUGCCCUCUAACCGGACUGGGGAGAAUCCGCUCUGGCAGUCGGAGGAGCCGUUAUGGGAUGACUUUUAUACUAUGUGGGACAUCUUCCGCUGCACGGUGAGCUUCUAUCAUAUCUUCCAGCCUACCUAUUACGAAUCCAUGAUCCGUGGUCUCAUUGACAUAUGGAGACAUCAAGGCUUCCUACCUGACGGGCGCUCGGGCAACUAUAACGGACUGGUACAAGGCGGUUCUAAUGCCGACAAUGUCCUUGCCGAUGCGUACGUCAAGGGAUUGCGUGGCGCAAUUAACUGGACAGACGGGUACGCAGCGAUGAAGUCGGACGCUGAAGUCAUCCCGUACAAUACCUUUGAUCCUAAGGAUCUAUCUGCGAGCACCAAGGAGGGCCGAGGGGCUUUGGGAGAUUGGCUUGAACUGGGCUAUGUCUCUCAGGAUCGAAACACACGCUGCAUCUCGCGGACUGUCGAGUACAGUCUCAAUGACUUUGCCUUGAGCCAGGUAGCCAGCGGGGAGAUGCCCGGUGAUCGCGAAAAGUAUCUGAAUAGGUCAGCGGGAUGGCAGAAGCUCUGGAAUCCGGAAGUGGAGAGCUUGAACUUCACUGGGUUUCUAGCCCCGAAGUUUUCGAACGGUACGUUCAACAAUAGCGGAUAUGACCCAAUGUAUUGUUACGAGUGCGAGUGGCAAUCGUAUAGCUAUGAAGGCGUACCAUGGGAGUACUCUUUCGUCAUUUUGCACGACAUGGAGACUUUGAUCGACUUUAUGGGCGGUCCAGAGACUUUUGAAGCCUGGCUAGACACUAUGGUAGGCACGGGCAGGAACGAGCCCGAUUUCGCAACGCCGUAUCUCUACAACUAUAUCAACAAACAAGCGAAGAGCGUUCAAAUGUCCCGUAGCCUGGGACUGCAAUACUUCAAGGAUGCUCCCUACGGAGUGCCAGGAAACAGCGAUGCAGGCGCCAUGAACUCCUGGCUCGUGUGGCAGAUGCUUGGCAUCUACCCCGUGGUCACCCAACCGGUCUACCUGAUCUCAUCGCCCUGGUUCCCUGAUCUGAACAUGACGGUCAACGGGAACCAGACACUGAGGAUUAAAGCGACGGGAUUAGACCAGGGCUAUUAUGUGCAAAGCGUCAAGAUCAAUGGGAAAGAGUGGACAAAGAACUGGUUCGAGCAUGACGAUCUCAUGGUCCAGGGCGGGACUAUUGAGUUUGAAUUAGGUUCUGAGAUGAAGAACUGGGAGACGGGUAGCGUGCCACCGUCGCCAGGACAUGUGCAGUUGUAA